CUCAGCUCGUACAUAAGCUGGAUGCCAGUCCUAUUCCUCAGCCUCCUGUGUCUGCUCUGUUGGCUGUAGACAUGGCAUCUGGUACUUCCUGCCUCCAUGUGACGGUCUAUUCUGAGGGAAGGACGUCAAUGACAUUCGCUGCUAACUUGGAGGACACAGUGAGGAGGAUCAAAGAACACGUCCGGGCUAAGACCAAGAUUCCCGUGCAGGACCAGGUCCUGUUGCUGGGCUCCAAGAUGCUGAAGCCCCAGAGGAGGCUGUCGUCUUACGGCAUUGACAAGGAGACAACCAUCCACCUCACUCUGAAGGUGGUGACGCCCAGUGAUGAGGAGCUGCCCGUGACUCUGGUGCAGUCACGUGAUGGGGGGCAGAGGCACCACCUCCAGGUACGAAGGUCCAGCUCAGUGGCCCAGGUGAAACAGAUGAUCGAGACCAAGACGGCGAUCGCGCCUGAGCAACAGAUCGUGACUUGCAAUGGCAAGAGGCUGGAAGACGGGAAGACCAUGGCGGAUUAUGGCAUCAGACGGGGCAAUUCACUCUGGCUGGCAGACUACUGCAUUGGGGGGUGAGCCUGCUGUUAGCUCUCACUCCCCCCACAUCCUUUGAUGAUUUCCCCAAAUUAACGAGAAAGAGAAAGAGGGAAAUUUAGGGGUGAAGUGGGAAGGAAGACUGCAGAAAAGUUUCUAACUCUAUGAUUUUUUGAUCGAACACCGUUGAUUAGGUGUCUGCAUUGUGUGUAUUACUGAAAAUAGAAAAUAAUAUUUUAAGGCACAGUAGAGAUAGCAUCAAAGCCAGCUUGGAAUUUAAUCCUUUCCCUCGUCCCUCUGAUUUUUAGAAAAAUUCCUAUUUCUUCUGUCCAACAGGAUAGUAAGUUCCACAUUGGGAUCCAUAUUCCUCCAAUUUCUGUGUUCCCACUGGCAUAUUCCAUCUGUAAUAUCACUCAAUAUGUUGAAUUAAAUUGAAUUUCUACUUGUAGAGAACAGUGAAAUGAUUUAAAUUGAAGUGUGUUAAUUCCUCUGAUAUGUUUACAAUCUAAAUAAUAAAGAAUUUAGAAAUUCAACUAAA